ACACUAUUGGUGGUGCAUGUGUGACGCCAUCUACACCUCCUGGUUUUGUGGCGAAUGCAUGGAUAAGAGGCGAGCUAGACUGGACUGUUUUAGACUAUCUCGAACUCUGCUAGGAUUUGUUUGGGUCUGGACUCUGAAAGGAAACGCGUUAUCGGGAGCAUCGCAGGAGCGGUGAGAGGCAGUAGCUUCAGCAGCGGGCGCGACACUCAAGAGUCCGGGAAGGAGCGCGGAAUGCUCAGCGGCUGACCAGACGCUGUUUUGUCUUUAUUUUACAUUUUCUUUGGCGACGACAGAGCAAAAGAAACUGAGGACAUCUGUCUCAGUGGAUAUCUGAUAUGGCGAGCUCAAGCACGCUCGAUGUGUUUGUGGGAAUUGUUCUAGUUUUACACGCUUUGGGAAGUGUUUUCCAGAUCACCCGAGGAGAAUUAACGGCGGAAGGAGCUGCUUAUUCAAUUCUGCAGGGAUGGUCACAGGAUGAUGAUGUCACUGUGGAGCUGUUGAGGAGGAGACGCUGGCUUCUCAUGGAGCCCCUUCCAAUGGAAAGUAACAAAGCCAGUCAGGACGUUUUGAAGCCUGAGUCUCAGGAUUCACCUGGUAUACUGCCUGAUGAUGACGCAGACAACAGCUCCCAAAUAAUGGAGGACACAGACCAUAACUACUACACCUCAAAGACAUAUGGCCCCAGUGACCCGAUGAGCAAAGAAUUAUGGGUAAAUAUCGAUCAGAUGGACAAAGAGAAGGUGAAGAUUCAUGGCAUCCUGUCCAAUACACACCGACAAGCAGCGCGGGUCAAUCUCUCCUUUGAUUUUCCAUUUUAUGGGCAUUUGUUGCGAGAGAUCACUGUUGCAACCGGCGGGUUCAUCUACACAGGAGAUGUGGUUCACCGAAUGUUGACAGCCACACAAUAUAUCGCUCCACUUAUGGCAAACUUUGACCCCAGCCUUUCCAGAAACUCAACUGUCAUCUAUUUUGACAAUGGAACUGCUUUGGUUGUCCAGUGGGAUCACGUCCAUCUUCAGGAUUCUUAUAAUCAAGGAAGUUUCACCUUCCAGGCCACAUUGCACAGCGAUGGACGAAUUGUCUUUGCUUACAAAGAGGUCCCAGUGCAGAUUGCAAAAAUCAGCUCUGUCAAUCAUCCAGUGAAGGUUGGACUGUCUGAUGCCUUUGUGGUGGUCCAUAAGAUCCAACAGAUCCCCAAUGUGCGGAGGAAGACUAUCUAUGAGUAUCACAGAGUGGAGCUGUUAAAGACCAAAAUUACCAGCGGUACAGCUGUAGAAAUGAUGCCACUACCAACAUGUCUUCAAUUCACAAGCUGCACUUCUUGCAUAGCAUCGCAGAUUAACUUCAACUGCAGCUGGUGCCACCGACUCAAUAGAUGUUCCAGUGGCUUUGAUCGCCAUCGGCAGGAUUGGGUGGAUAACAGUUGCCCAGAUGAGACCAAGGAUAACACCUGUGACAUCAUCAAUACUACUAAUCUCGAUCAGCUGACCACUGCAUCAGUUGCUAAGAAGACCACAAGGAACAGAGGAACUACUGAGGGUCAAUCUACCCAAGCUCCAUCACACAUGCCCACCAGCAUACCAACAGAAGAUGACACCAAGAUUGCGCUACAUCUCAAAGACAAUGGAGCUGCUGCAGCAAAAAGUACGGCAGAGAACAGCGCUCACCCCCUGCACAUGGGCCUGAUUCUUGGGAUGCUCCUUCUUCUGCUCGUGAUGGUGGCCAUCGUCCUGGUGACUGUUUACAUCUACCACCACCCGAGCUCUGCUGCGGGACUCUUCUUCAUUGAGAGACGUCCCAGCAGAUGGCCUGCGAUGAAAUUUCGGCGAGGAUCUGGUCAUCCAGCAUACGCAGAGGUAGAGCCUAUGGGUCUAGAAAAAGAAGGCUUUAUUGAAUCAGAGCAGUGCUGAGAUUUCAACUUUGACUUCUGAAGUCACACACAGCCCAGCAACCUUCUUGAUGUCUAGCUACAAAUCCCCACAUCUCUAAUCAUUAAGUUCCACCAACCCUCCAAAACACUGAGCAAACUGGAAACAGGGAGGGUGUGGUGACUGAAUGGAAGAGGCAUCCAGAAACAAAUGUUUGGAUCUUGCUUUCAACACUCAAAACAAUCCACAUUCAGAGGAAACGUUUGUUAAUCAGCUGGAUGAAUAACAGCCCAGCGGCUUCUGCUCGGUUCCUGACAUGACGUGGGGAACAGCAUUUGUUUGUUGAUUGUACGUGAUGAGGUUUUGACCUUUUACCCUCAAAAUCAUCAGUGAACUGAAUGCAGUUACGUUUGAUUCUCUGAUUUGAUGUGCCUCUCUGAGAGAUUUUUUUUUUUGUCUUGACAGUCUCUGAAAUGCACAUUCGUUCAGUUUGUGUUGGAAAUCUUAUAUAGACCUUUAUAUAUCUUCAAAAGGGUUUUGUAGGGUUUUUUUCCAGGUGUUUUUUUUCCUAUUCCUUUAUGACUUCAUCUCUUUGAUUUGAGCAGAUGUUUUGGAGUAUGUUGGAUGACUUUAAUUGCUGAUACUGUGUCUCCUCCUCUUGUUUGGAUACAAUCAGAAAAUGUUCUGUGAACAAAUGUGUCAACACUUUUUUUCAUCCAAACAUAUUUCAACCAUUUAGGACAUUUUUGCACAUAUCCACUUAACGCACAUAUAUUGCUUUUUACAAGUUAAUUUUUUUUCUUAUCUUACGUUACUAAUGCAUAUUUACAAGACAGGCGCUUGUGAGAUUGCGUGUGUGUCUUUCUUUUAAUUUUUUUGUUGUUUUUGUUGUAAUAUUGUGGUACACAAUGAUCCCUUAAACACGCCGUAGUUGAAAUCAAGGAUUUGUACUUCAACAAGACAGGUGGUGUCUACUGACAGCUGUCAGUCCUUAGCCAGACAGAGACAUUUGUUUGUUUGUAAUAUUUGAUAUAGUGAUAUAGAAAAGCCCUCACACUGCUGUCAAGGUCAUUUCAGCUUGAUUACAAGCAGUGGAACUGAGAACUGCAAAAAUGAAUUCAUUUUGACUUUAAGAAUGUGAUUUAUUACUCUAUAGGUAGAGUAACGCAGCGUAUUACAACCUUAUAUGAUAAACAUUCUGUAUGUUCUAAAUAAUAUUUUCCAUCGUGUUCACUAAUAAUGGAUUUCGAGUUUGAAAUGAAAUUAUGGCACAUAUUACUUUCUCCUGAAAAGACAUUACAAGUAUUGUGACCAAAGAACUGUCAUCUCACACACUAACACACACAUAUUAUUAGACUAAUAUGGAAAAUGGUAGAUAUUUCUGUCUUCUGUUUUAUUAUUUCAGCAAACCUAUGCAUUGGGGCAGUUCCUGGGAGUUUCUUUUCUUUUUCCUUUUUUUUUUCUUUUUUUUAUGUCUGUUAGGUGUUUAAGCAUGCAUGCAAGGGAGAUAUAUUUGUUUCCUAUUUUAUCCACAUAACAGGGUGUCUCACCAAAAAAUCAAGGUCUAAAUUCUAUUUUUAUCAACUUUCUUCACUGGAAGACCUGAUUAUUUUCAGCAGAUGUAACCUGAAUGUGUAUGUAUGUGUGUGACAUUGAAUCUAUCUGAAUGUGUAUGAGUGCACAAGGGCGAAAUGGAUGUUUAUUUUGUGAAAUAUUCUCAAAGAAUGUUUGUUGAAAGAGAUCAAUUUUCUGUUCAGCAGUGACGCCUGGUCUCAAAAUUCGGGGAAACAAACAUAUUAGCGACCUGAAUUUUUGAUAAUCAUAAUCUUCAUGUUGUGCCACACAUUGAGAGACAGUGAAAUACACAAUGCUGUAAUCUGUGUACUCUUGUGUUACUACUGUCAAUUUGAUUACAUUAUACAAUUUGAUUAAAUAAUAAAGUUGUUUAAACAGACA